AUGGAUUCAAAGAAGGAUUCGAUUUCUGAAAAAGAAUACAAUUUUUUUGUUAAUGAAGAAAGGCCGACACCAACAGAAUUUUUCAAAAAGUUCAAUUGCACGUCGAAGAAAACGGCUGCCUCAAUUUGGUAUUCCGCUCUCAAGGAGGUCCUCACAAUUCGUGAUGAUCUCAAACUUGUUAAUAUCGAGCAAAACUACAAAGAUGGUAAAUACAAACAAGCCAUUGACGAUUAUUUUAAAACAAGCGUUCUUGAGAAGGAAAAGACGUAUAUUGAUAAGACAUUAACAAAAAAAACAAGUAAAGCAAUCCAAAGGCGCAUGAGCGAUCUCCUUCCGGAGGAAAAUGGUGAUCAAGUUCGCCCGAAAAGACCUCGUCUCCUGAAGGAGUCGCAACAGAAUGAUAAUUCGAUAUUAGAUUCGAAGAUAAAUCAGUCUUCUGAAGAUUUUGAAUAUCAUGAUACCAGGAAACGGCAUAAGAUUUUUCAUUCAUGGGAAGAUGUAAUUGAUAAGGUUGAUUUCAGAGGCACUUCUAAAGAGGAUUGGAUCGUUGAAGGCUGCAAUCUUUCUGAUGAGUUUCGGAACUUUCAACAGCUAACAAUUCGACAAGUCAAAGAAAACCCGUAUUUAUGUUAUAAACAAGACAUUCAAAAAAUUCUUUGCCUAUCAAACAUAAUGCUCAUCGAGCGUACAAAACCUUCAUAUCUCACUGUCACUUCAGCAAUUUGGGACAAAAUCUUUCGAAGACAAUUAGCUCCGAGUCUGUCACCGGUAGUGAACAAUAUGGCUCUCGAAUAUUCUUCCAUGUUGAAUUCUUUUGCAUUAAUGAGGGAUAUUCAAGACGUAUGGUGUGCUAAUUUUUCCAAAGUUGCAGAAUUGAAUGAUCAAGACAAGGACAAAUUCUGUCAGGCUCAAAUCAUUUUUCGAAACUUUUUAUUACUGAAUUCGAAAGGCGUGAAUACCAAUAAUGAGGAUACCUUUGUCCAUGAAACUUUGCACGAUCUAUUUAGAGAAAUUUUCCACGAUCCAAUGUUUGAGUUGAUAUGGGCGAACAGCGAGAGUUCUAGCAGUACUAGCGAUAAGGAAAAUUCUCGAGGUAAAAAACCAGAUUUCAAAAUUUUGACCAAUACAAGAGAUGAGAUUCUUUUUGGUGAAGCUAAACCGAAAGACUCAUCAUCUAUAUUGAUCAAUAAAGAUUUUGUCAAGCUUUCCAAUUUCCAAGCAAAUUCUUUAGACGAAUUAGUCAAGAGUCCGUCACGUUCUACCUAUUGCAGAAUGCCCAUCUCCUCACCUAAACCUGCCAAGAUUGCGAUUAUUGGCCUACCAUCAAAAUAA